CGGUCGGGGGCGGGUAGCGUUUUGACCUUCUGCAGAGCUCAGCGCUCAGAAGCCUCACAGGAGACGACACUCUUCGCACGAUUAGCGUUGGACAACGAGGACAGCCAUGACUUCGCCGCACCUCAAGGCAGUGAUAUUCGAUAUCGGUGGGGUGGUCUGUCGCAGCCCUCUCAUUGCCAUUGCGGACUACGAGCGGGAACACGCGAUACCCAACAAUUACAUCAACUGCGCGAUAACCGCUCGCGGAUCAAGCGGGGCGUGGCAGAAAUUCGAGCGGGGGGAGAUAUCGCUCUUCCCGUUUUACGAGCAGUUUGGCCGGGAGCUCUCCGACACCAAGGUCAACAACCCGGCCUAUACCCGAUACUGCCAGCGCAAGGGAAUAGCAUGCCCGAAGCUCCCUGCAGAUACGUUGCACAUCGACGGACGUGAGCUGUUCGGGCGCAUGAUGCGGGAGAGCGGCGAGUUCGAUGGACGUGUCGUGGAGGCGAUCCGGCGCAUACGAGCCGCGGGCAAGUGGCGGGUCAUCGCGCUCACGAACAACUUCUCGAAGAGCGACGCAGACAUCGUCGGCGAUGGCCCUCCCCCGCCGACGGCGCACGCCCCCCACCCCGCUUUCGACGUGCAGGCCGAGCUCGCGUUCCUCGGCUGGCAGGACGGCGCGACGCCGCCGCGGCUGCGUGCGCUGUUUGACGACUUCUGUGACUCCAGCACGCUGGGAAUGCGGAAACCCGAGGCCGGGAUAUACCUUCUGGCGUGCGAGCGUAACGACAUCGCGCCCAGCGAGGCAGUCUUCCUCGACGACCUUGGAAUGAACCUCAAAGCCGCGCAGGCGCUCGGGAUGGAGACCAUUCACGUGCCCAUUGGCGGCGCGCUCGGGGCGCUCGCGAAGCUCGAGUCCAAGCUGGGCAUCGACCUGACUAGCGGCGGGCUCGCGCCUACCGCGCGGACACCUUCCAGGCUCUGACAGCGUUGAUGAUCGUGAUGGCGCGCGCACGGCUGUCGUCCCGCAUCUGCGUUUCGCCUGCGGAAAGCGGGCGCGCUGCGCGCUCUCGACCCGCCGCCGCCGUCUGCGCGGCACGCAGCCUGCCAGCAUCUGCGUUCGGGGCAGGGCGCUGUCUGAUUGCGUCGGCGGGGAAGCAGAACCAGGGGCGCGCGGCGCCGUCCAUGCCACGUUCCCGUCAUAGUCUAUUUGUGCCCUGCGAUAUCGCUGCGAACUCCCGAAAUUUCAUUAUCGCUAUCCGCAAACACGGUAGAAUAUUGUACGUGUCUAGAAGGGCUUGUCGCACUGCGGGAUCUUGUCCUCGAAGUAGCUGCCGAGCACGGGCACCUUGGUCAGAAAUCCGCG